AUGCGUAGUGAUACAGGAUUUCAACGAAGUGAUCAAUAUUUUAAACGUAGUUCCCGGGCCAGUGAUACUUCAAGUGCAUAUUCUGGGUCGGAUAUGAUGCAGUCUUCUAUAGAUGAUCCUGGAGAAAAUCCAGAUAUUGACCUGUCUGGAUUGAUGGAGAGUAUGGUAGACUCUGAUGAUGAGGACGGAUAUGCUGAAUCAACUGAUUCUCUACCAUUAAGAGAUACAGUAAGAGAAUGUCUAGAGAAAGAUCCUACCUUCAGAACAGAAGAUGAUAUUGAAACCUUACUAGAAUUUAUGCAACAUUUUAGGGCAUUUUCCAACAUGACAUUAGCUACACGAAGAUCUCUGUGUGCUGUCAUGGUGUUUGCAGUAGUAGAGAAGGCUGGAACUAUUGUCAUGAAGAAUGGAGAGGAACUGGAUUCCUGGUCAGUUAUUUUAAAUGGAGAUGUGGAGAUCACGUUUCCAGACAAUACUACUAAACAUUUACAGAUGGGUGAUAGUUUUGGUAUAAAACCCACCAUGCAGAAGUUAUAUCAUCAUGGAGUCAUGCAAACAUUGGUAGAUGAUUGCCAGUUUGUCUGUAUAGCUCAAUCUGAUUAUUAUAGAAUAUUACAUCAGGGAGAAGAGAAUACCAAGAAACAUGAAGAGAAGGGUCAAGUUGUCAUGUUAACAGAACAUCGUGAAUUAGAUGGUGGAAACAGAAAGGGCAAUAUAGUUAUCAGGGGUACACCAGAGAGACUAAUGCAACAUUUAAUGGAAGAUCAUUCUGCAGUGGACCCCACGUAUGGUGAAGAUUUCUUACUGACAUCCCGGACUUUUCUAGAUAAUCCUAUUAUAUUAGCUAAUAAAUUAUUACAGUGGUUUGAAGAACCUGUUCUAAGACCAAAGGUAACAUUACUGGUGUUGUUAUGGGUGAAUAACCAUUUUAACGACUUUGAAACAGACCCAGCUAUGUGUGAAUUUCUCGAACAUUUCGAAAAACUUCUAGAAAGAGAGAGAAUGGAGGGACAGCAUCGCUUGUUGAACAUAGCAUGUGCAGCUAAAGCCAGAAAAAGGGCCGUAACGUUAACCCGCGGCACAAGGGAAGAGAUACUCCAUUUCUCAAUAUUAGGCGGAUUAGAAAGAGGGCAUGGUAUAUUUAUCACAAAAGUAGAGAAAAAUUCUAAAGCUUAUGAGGCAGGGUUGAAACGAGGGGAUCAGAUUUUGGAAGUAAAUGGAAACAAUUUUAGUCAUAUAUCUCACAACAGAGCAUUAGAAAUAUUACGAGGAACAACUCAUCUCUCUAUUACUGUUAAAUCUAAUUUACAUGAAUUUAAAUCUUUACUACAAGAAUCUGAGAAAACAACUCCACGAAAGAUGAAACCAGAUUUUAUUGGUCCACCUAAACAGAGGUUAUCUGCCCCUGAUUUAGAGCAGUCUGUGCCAGUUAUAACAUCUAAUAUCAAGGAUAAGAAAGAGAAGAAAGAUAAAGGAUUUAUGUUUACUAAUAAACCUAAAUUAAAGAAAGCUCUGAUGAAAAUGAAUAUCAUACCCAAUAAAACACUGGGCAGUAUGAUUUAUUAUCUCUGUCAUUUCAGUGAAUCUAACAGUAAUAUCAACCAUUCUGAUGAAAGUUUAUACACCAACUCAAAACCUUCACGGAAAUCAUCUACAUCUUCAUCAUCAUCAUCAAACACCGUGGGCAUGUGCAAUCAUCUCUCGGCUUCCAAUCCAGACUUAUCAUCUCUAGGAUUUGCUAUCGAUAAUCUCACCACAGACUUUCCAGAACAUGUAGUCAAGGUUUACAGGGCUGAUCAGAGUUUUAAAUAUUUAUUGAUACACAAGGAAACUACAGCUAAAGAAGUGGUGAUGUUAGCUCUUCAAGAAUUUGGUGUAACAGAAUCUAGUUGUAAUUUCUCAUUGUGUGAAGUUACAGUAGAAAAUGAUAAACUUGUAAAACAGAAACGUUUACCAGAACAACUUCAAAAUCUUCCAGACCGCCUCAAUCUGAAUGCCAGGUACUACCUCAAGAAUAAUAUGAGCACAGAAACCCUGGUACCGGAUGAAUUGAUGGGAGAAUUGAUCAAAGAAAGCCAGAUUAACAUCCUGCAACUAAACACUGCUGAGGUUGCAUCACAGCUUACUCUAGAAGACUUUAAAGUUUUCCGAGAAAUUGAACCCACAGAAUACAUUGAUGAUUUGUUUAAUCUCAAAUCUAAAUAUGGCUGCCCAGCACUUGAUAAAUUCGCAGAGUUGGUAAAUAAAGAAAUGUUUUGGGUAGUAACAGAAAUCUGUAGUGAAUUAAAUCUAGUCAAACGAAUGAAGCUAAUCAAACAUUUUAUCAAAAUAGCCAAACAUUGUAAAGAUUGUAAGAAUUUUAAUUCAAUGUUUGCUAUAAUCAGUGGAUUGGGACAUGGUUCAGUUUCCAGAUUACGGAAUACAUGGGAACGUCUACCAACUAAAUACUGUAAAAUGUUCGACGAUUUACAAGCUUUGAUGGAUCCAUCUAGAAAUAUGGCGAAAUACAGGAAUCUCAUCAUUAGUGACCAUGUACAGGCUCCAAUGCUUCCUUUUUUCCCCGUAGUAAAGAAAGAUUUAACAUUUAUUGAACUUGGAAAUGACACCAUGGUAGAUGGUUUGAUAAACUUUGAAAAGUUACGAAUGAUAGCUAAAGAAAUUAGGCACAUCUGUAACAUGAGUUCUGCCAAAUAUGACGUGAGUACGAUGUUUCUAGGAACAUCAACAAUGUAUUCGAGUUCUUCUCUAGUCUCCGGUGUAGCUACUUUAAAACGUACCAAAAUACGACGAGGGUCCACUGUUCCAAACCCUAAAAAAAUGUAUGAAGAGGCUCAGAUGGUACGGCGUGUCAAGUCUUACCUAUCUAAUAUUAAUGUUAUAAUUGAUGAAGAUGAAUUGAAGGUAUUAUCUAAUACUUGUGAAGUUCCAGGUAUGUAUUACAAGAUCAGAUUAUUUGGCUGA